AUGUCCCUGCUGCAGUCGGCGCUGGACUUCCUGGCCGGUCCGGGGUCCCUGGGCGGGGCAGCCAGCCGUGACCACACAGACUUCGUGGGGCAGACCGUGGAGCUGGGCGACCUGAGGCUGCGGAUCAAGCGGGUCAUCGCCGAGGGUGGGUUUGCUUUUGUAUAUGAAGCUCAAGAUCUUGGAAGUGGUAAAGAUUAUGCUUUAAAGAGGCUGCUGUCCAACGAAGAGGAAAAGAACAAAGCAAUCAUUCAAGAAGUUUGUUUUAUGAAAAAACUUUCUGGACAUCCUAACAUUGUCCAGUUCUGCUCUGCUGCAUCAAUAGGAAAAGAAGAAUCAGAUACUGGACAAGCUGAGUUUCUUCUGCUCACUGAACUCUGCAGAGGGCAGCUGGUGGAAUUCUUAAAGAAAGUUGAAUCCAAAGGCCCUCUCUCCUGUGACACGGUUUUGAAGAUAUUUUAUCAGACAUGCAGAGCAGUACAACAUAUGCAUAAACAGAAGCCCUCUAUAAUCCAUCGGGAUCUAAAGGUUGAAAAUAUGCUGAUUAGUAACCAAGGAACAAUUAAACUGUGUGAUUUUGGCAGUGCUACAACUGUGUCACAUUAUCCUGACUACAACUGGACUGCUCAGAAGAGAGCAAUGGUUGAAGAAGAGAUCACAAGGAAUACAACACCGAUGUACAGGACACCAGAAAUAAUAGACUUAUACUCAAACUUUCCAAUUGGUGAAAAGCAGGAUAUUUGGGCCUUGGGCUGUAUCCUAUACCUGUUGUGCUUCAGGCAGCAUCCUUUUGAAGGUGGAGCAAAACUUCGGAUAGUUAAUGGAAAAUACUCAAUUCCACCAAAUGACACAAGAUAUACGGUUUUUCAUGACCUCAUUCGCUCCACAUUGAAGGUGAACCCAGAAGAAAGACUGUCGAUCACAGAACUUGUGAAUCAGCUACAGGAGAUAGCAGCUGCUAGAAAUGUGAAUCCGAAGUCACCUAUCACAGAGCUUCUGGAACACAAUGGCGGUUAUGGAAAUAACAUGCAGCCUAGAAGCUCUCUCAGUUCAGUGCCACAAAGUACUAAGGCUGUGGGGCAGCUCAGCAAUGUGUACAGUGGAGGCAUGACAGUUGCAGAGUGUGAUCAGUCCUAUAGCGGUUUCUUUGACAUACUUAGAGGAGGAACAGAACGAUUUUUUACUAACAUCAAAGAUACUUCUUCCAAAGUUAUCCAGUCUGUUGCUAAUUAUGCUAAAGGAGAUUUGGAUAUUUCAUACAUCACAUCCAGAAUUGCUGUGAUGUCCUUUCCAGCAGAAGGUGUAGAAUCAGCUCUCAAAAAUAACAUAGAAGAUGUGCGGUUGUUUUUAGACUCUAAGCAUCCUGGACAUUAUGCUGUUUACAAUCUUUCUCCACGAACAUACAGGCCUUCCAGAUUUCAUAAUCGGGUUUCAGAAUGUGGUUGGCCAGCAAGACGUGCACCAAACCUUCAAAACCUUUAUAACAUCUGCAGGAAUAUGCAUUUAUGGCUAAAACAAGAUCACAAAAAUGUUUGCAUUGUGCACUGCAUUGAUGGAAGAGCAGCAUCAGCUGUUGUUGUUUGCUCCUUUUUAUGUUUCUGUCGUCUUUUCACCACUGCUGAGGCUGCAGUUUAUAUGUUUAGUAUGAAACGCUGUCCACCUGGCAUCUGGCCAUCUCAUAAAAGGUAUAUAGAGUACAUGUGUGAUAUGAUGGCAGAAGAGCCCAUUAUCCCUCAUAGUAAACCAAUCCUUAUUAAAGCAGUCAUGAUGACCCCAGUGCCCCUGUUCAGCAAGCAGAGAAAUGGCUGCAGACCCUUUUGUGAAGUCUAUGUGGGAGAUGAACGAGUGACCACUACCUCUCAGGAGUAUGAUAAAAUGAAGGAUUUUAAAAUUGAGGAUGGAAAAGCAGUAAUUCCAUUGGGCAUAACAGUCCAAGGUGAUGUACUCAUAGUAAUUUAUCAUGCAAGAUCAACGCUAGGAGGAAGAUUGCAAGCUAAGAUGGCUUCAAUGAAGAUGUUUCAGAUUCAGUUCCACACAGGCUUUGUGCCCCGAAAUGCAACAACUGUGAAGUUUGCCAAGUAUGAUCUGGAUGCCUGUGACAUUCAGGAGAAAUACCCUGACUUAUUUCAAGUGAAUCUUGAAAUAGAAGUGGAACCUAGAGACAGGCCGAGUCUUGAGACUCCACCAUGGGAUAACUCAAAUAUGAAGGGACUGAAUCCGAAAAUUCUGUUCUCCAGCCGGGAGGAGCAGCAGGACGUUUUGUCUAAAUUUGGCAAACCUGAGCUUCCUAGACAGCCUGGAUCCACAGCCCAGUAUGAGGCAGAAGCCUCCCAGCAGUCCCCUGAAAGUGUGCCCACAGAGUCAGACUCUCCACAGAGUAACAGCACUGAGACAAACAACUUUUUUCAUACAUUGGACUGGCAAGAAGGAAAAGUAUCAGAAUCUGGAGUAGAAAAUAACUUUCUUAAAGAAAACCAUGUUGUCCUGAAUGAAGACAGGGAUGGAAGUGAGUUAUCUGAUGAAGAACCUUCUACUUUCCCUGGUGAGAACAAAGUAAUUACUGUUGAAGAAGAAAAGUCAAGUGCCCCUGAAAAAGCAGGAGAUGAAAAUUUACUUUUCGAUACAGAUUAUGAACCCUCAGCCCAGCUGCAAGAGCCACAGCAAGAAGACAGUGUUGAUUUGCUCGGCUUGGACUCUGACGCUGGACCAGAGCAAAGCCAUGCUGCCAAAGAAAUUCAGAGCUCUUCUAGCAAUGCUGAUUUGUUAAGCAAUCUCUUUGUUGCCCAUGCAGCCAUUUCAGAAGAGCCUACGGGGGACUUGCUUGGGGCAGGGACAGAUUUCUUUUUCAGUGGCCCUCCUCCUCCUGCAGAUAAUGCACAGAGCACUUCACAAAAUGUAGCUCACUCUUCAGCUGCUGAUCCAUUCGAUCCAUUCACGAUGUCAUCCAGUUCAGAAACUCAGAGUCAUUCCAAUCCUGAUCUGUUUGAAGAUUUUCUUAAUCCCAGUUCUGCACCAGCCUCAUCCAGUAUGUUUCCUUCUACACACAGCGCACCUCCUCCCUCUUCCAGCUCUGACUUCUUACAUUUAGGUUCUCAGAAACAGCUCGGGCUGGAGACCUGCAAUCUUUCAGUGCUCCACGUGAAAGGAACAGAACUGUCGGCUCUCCUUGGGUCUGUUAUUCCUGACCUGGUUAUUCCUCUGGGAGCUUCAGACAAGACUGAAAGCUGGAAGCUAGAACUGAGGUCCUGCUGCUCGGCCUCUUGGGUCAGAGCCAGGCAACAAUCGCUCGCUUCUGAACUUGCUUCUUGCUCAGGACUCAGCCAAGGGCCUUUGACCAACAUUACCCCAGGCUCAGGUCCGUUUCUCAGUAUGCCCUGGAUCUUUGACAAAGACCUGAGUAGUGAGCGGUCACUUAUUUCCAUGAAAACUUCCUUGUUUCCUUCAGGUUCUUCUUGUGGAUUUUCUCCUGGUGGAUUUGCCUCAAAAGCAACUCAGUCUUCAAAAGGUGGGAGCCCAUGGCAGACAAAGCCCCCAAAUUAUGGUCCAUCAUGGCCUUCCCAGGCAAAAUCACAACAAACCAAAUCCAGCCCACAGACGAAACCUAAUUAUUCUGUGAACUUCAGUGUUAUUGGAGGACGAGAAGAGAGGGGCAUUAGAGCUCCCGGUUUUGUUCAAAAGCCAAAAGUUUCAGAAAAUGAUUUUGAAGAUCUAUUACCCAAUCAAGGAUUUUCAUCCAAAUCUGAUAAAAAAGGACCAAAGACAAUUGCUGAGAUGAGGAAGCAAGAGAUGUCUAAAGACAUGGAUCCUCUCAAGCUAAAGCUUCUCGAUUGGAUUGAAGGAAAAGAGAGGAAUAUAAGAGCACUAAUUUCCACACUGCACAUGGUGCUUUGGGAGGGAGAAAGCAGAUGGAAGCCAGUUGGCAUGGCAGACCUGGUGACUCCUGAGCAGGUGAAGAAGUACUAUCGAAAGGCUGUGCUGGUGGUUCAUCCAGACAAGGCCGCCGGGCAGCCAUAUGAGCAGUAUGCCAAAAUGAUCUUCAUGGAAUUAAAUGAUGCCUGGUCAGAGUUUGAAAAUCAGGGAUCCAAAUCCCUUUUUUAAAACCUCGGUUUUUGGGAUUUUCAAAAUGCAUUGGCAGCAGAAUGGCGUCUGAAGGUGUUGUUUGUUGGACUUUUAAUGUUCCUAGAAUUCGAGAGAGAAUUUCAUGAGCUCAUCCUCAAGUUUGAAAUUCUACUCUUGUAGAUGAGGUGUAUUGUAAAAUGUAAAUCAGCAAAGGCCUCUUGCCAUGCCACAAUCAUAGCCCAGAAUGAACCUUUUUCCCACUCAGUUUGAUUAUGAAACACAUAAAUCUAAUGACGUCCUCGUUUGGAGUGUAAGAAGAGCGAGCCAUUCAUUCUGAAGCCACCAAUAUUGGUUGGUUUUUUGCCCAAAAGGAAGACAACUCUGACUUGUGCUUCUGUUGUUUCCCUAGUUUGUGAUUGGAGUUUGAUGUUUAGUGCCUCUCACCUCAGUCCAAGCUCUUUAGUGCAAUGAGAAACAGUGAAUUUGCUAAGCACAGCAUUGUUACCUGAAUCUAUAGAAGGUGUACAUUUACAUCUGUAUUUUAUGUAAUCAUCCUGAUAAUCACUUUUGUAUAUAAUUAAAAUGUUUUCUGAUGAUAACCUGCAUUCCUUAUAAUGAAUUGGCAGCCGCUAAGCCAACAUUCUUGGUUAUGGGAAGCAAGGAACCAAGUUGUUUGCAAAUCACAAUUCAUGACUCUGGACAGUGGUUGUAUGUCACAUGGAGAAAACACUGGCAUUUUUAAUAUAAGUGAUUGCAUGUUAAAAAUCCUUUGUGUUAUUUAUGAAGAACUUUUUGGACUUUAAACUGUAUUGCCAGGGUUUAUUUUCCCAGCUCAUGGCACCUGUAACUUCUGAUUCUUUACUCCUCCCCAUAACCCCUCCAGUGGAAUAGUGUGAAUUCCAUUGGUUUUAUAAAUAUGCUGAUGGAAAAGAAGAUUGUCCUACUUAUUUCUGAAUCUGAUCUUGAAAUGUGAGCGCAAUUUUGUUUACCAUGCUUAUUUCUGUUAUGAAGUCAGCAAAUGUUAUCUCAUUUGCAAUUUGUUGUUGAAAAAAUUUACUGUUCUUUUAUUGUAUGUCUGGUCAGCGCUUGACUGUAUUGACUGGAUCCAUACAUCUCAUUGUCAGAAUGUCUUAAUAAGCAAUGAUACAUACCCAGGCAGAUGACUGUUGGCCUUGAGUUCACACACACACCUUAGACACAAGAAGCAACUCUCACUAUCUUAAGUACAGGGACCAGAUUCAUGUCUGAUUUGUAACAGAAGGUACUUUAACAAUGAUAAAGAACUCUUUACAGUCUGGGCUGCUACUGAAUUUGGUUGACAACUUUUACAUACAUGUUCCAUUCUUUUUGAAAAAGAAGGAGGGAAGGAAAACAAGGCAGAAAGGGGAAAAAAGGGGAGAAAAGAGGGAAGAGGAGGAAAACUAUCUUUUACAAUGGAUAGUGACCCUUUUCAGUAUAGCAUGACCUGAAGUGAUUUUCUCUGAGAAGCCUUGCAGUUCUCUAGCUCCUCUAGUCUGAGCUGUUAGUGCCAAUUCUAGCUAUACCAGCAGCUAAUGGUGGUAUCUGGGGUGAGAGAUUGUAGAAUUAAACACUGGAAAAAUAAAAAAAUAUUAACUUCCUUCUGUUAAAUGGCAUAUGUAAGGUAGCGUCUGCCUAGAGUGUCUUAACUACCAGUAGCAGGAACAUGAAAAGAAAAGUGAGGUUAAGAAAACGUUCUUGAUUUUUCAAUCCAUGGUUCAUGUGAAUUCUUUUUUAAACACAUAAUUGGUAUCUGGGGGGGUGGGGUCAGGUGAGGCAAUCUUGACAAGUAUAUUACAAUUACUUCAUCUUCCCAGAAUACUAAUCUGGUCUGACUUCUUGAUGAGCUCUGUUUUUGACACUAGAGAGUAGAACGUAUCCCACCCGGCAAGUCAGAUUUCUUUCUGCCGGUUAUAUGUGGCCUUUCUAAGCUCCACAAGAGCCCCCGUGUGGUAUUCAGGGACAGUUAGACCAAAUUUUGUUAGGAAGUCUUGGGACACUGCAGUGUGUCAUUCUCUGGUUGAGAAAGAGCAGUCUCAUGAAUAAAUUAGAAAGGAGCCAGCACCAAGCACUAAGAACGUGGUAGGGGAGCUAGAAUACAGUGAGCUGCGUGUGGAAAUACUUAAAUAGGCCAUUUGGAGUCUGCCAUAGAGGUGCUAAAUGAAAACAAUAUAAAGGGAGCAAAGCAAAAGGAGGCUGCACUGGGGCCUUAUAGGAGGGGAACAGGAGGAAGGCUGAACUGUUCAACAUAGACUGUUCAAGAUAGUACCAGUGACUUUGGACUGCUAGCACUUAUUUCCACAAACAGUGGGAACUUAGGGAAAUAGCUGAGAAUUGUUAAUAAGCAGAUAGAAGCCUUCUCUUUUUAAAAAAAGAAAGGACAUUAAGGUGUCAUAGUAGAAUUAAUGGUAAAAAUAGCGAAUGAAUGAAUGAAUCUAAGUAGGCUGAAAUUUCUCAUAUUAUAAUCAUGUAGGUGUCAUGGUUCAGUGGUUGUUCAUUGGUGCUGUUGCUGAGUUCUUCUUGAGCAGUAGAUCCCUGGGCGUUGGGAUAACAUUGCAGUGGAAGGCAGGGAAAUUUGCCUUCCUGCCCUAGUGCCUGAAAAGCAUCUCCAGGUGGGCAGGUAGGUGGUUUCUGCUCACUUUACCAGCACUUAAUCUCAGUCUGUAAAGAGUACUUUUUUGACUGGGCCACAGCAAAAAAUAUCUAGUCCCUUCUCCACCCACCUCAGGAAAGUCUCUAAUCUGGGGCUUUCUCCACUUAAGGGAGGUUGCUGCUGCCAGGAAGUGCCUCACGGAGCCUACAGGAGGCAAAGUGUCUGAGGCUCUGUGGUACCAGUCACCUGGAUCCAGUCCUCUCCCCACCCCAGGACACAGCCCUCUUUGACUGCCGGGAAAGGGCAACAUAGGGAAGGAAUUUGGAAGGCAGGGGUGAGGUUGUUAGAAAACAGGUACAGGGAGGGGGGUGAACAGAGACUUUUUAUAAAAAGUUGGGAUAAAAAGUACUAUUGCCAUCAGUUAUUCAUUGGGAAAUUGGGUCUUUUUUUAUCCCAAUGAUAUAGGGACACUGGCAUGUUCAAGGUAGACAAGAUAUGCAAGACUGAGUUACAGGAAGGCACUGGAUGGUGGACUCUAGCAGAUUUUUCAUGGGGUGGGGUGGGGUUUCUUUGAACACUGUUGAAUGGACUUAAAAACUUAACAAUGAAUUGAAUUUUUAAAAGGUAAAUGAAGAAUGAGAGGAAUGUUGUUUUAUUAAGUUGUCAGAGAUGCCCAGUUAGAUCAUUGCAGAUGAUUUGAUUUAAUUUCAUUUCCUUAAAUAAGCACUGUAUCAGAGCUCAGUUGAUUGUAAUAAUUUACCCAAAAUAUAGGAGAAUAAAGUUA